ACGAGCUAGAGAUGGUGUAGCACGUCUCGCGAUUUUUACGCUGAAAGAUAGUAUUGCUUAAAUCCUUGGUGUUAAAUAAGAUUCCUGAAGUAAUUUCUCUAUAUUUUCCUAUGAAGUAACCAGAAUUUCGUUUUUGUGCGGUUUUUAUUCGUUUUCAGCUCAGCUAAUCCAACAGUGGUAAAAUAAGUAGUUUUUGGUUACACCCAAAUACAAUCAGCGAUGAAGCAGCUUCCUGCAGACACAGUGCGGCUGCUGUCCAGCUCGCAGGUCGUCACGUCUGUGGUGAGCGUGGUGAAGGAGCUGAUGGAGAACUCCCUGGACGCUGGCGCCUCCAGCGUCGAUGUGAAGCUGGAGAACUUCGGCCUGGACCGGACCGAAGUUCGGGACAACGGCUGUGGGAUCAAAGUGGCGGACGCUCCGGUGAUGGCCGUCCAACAUUUCACCUCCAAGAUCAGCAGCCAUGAAGACCUGGAGCGUCUGGAAACAUACGGCUUCAGGGGCGAGGCGCUGGGCUCCAUCUGCGCCGUGGCCGAGGUCACCGUUACCACUAAAACAGAGGAGGACGACGUCAGCACGCAGUACACCCUGGACUCCAGCGGGGCCAUCGUCUCUCAGAGGCCGUCUCACCUGGGUGGAGGAACGUCGGUGAGCGUGGCGAAGCUGUUUGGGAAACUGCCAGUGCGACGGCAGUUCUUCUCCUCCGUCAGGAAGCGUAAGGAGGAAGUGAGGAAGGUCCAGGACCUGCUGAUGGCCUUCGCCAUCAUAAAGCCGGAGCUGCGGCUCACGCUGGUGCACAACAAGGUGGUGGUUUGGCAGAAGGCCAGAGCGGCGGACCACAGGAGCGCCCUGGUUGCUACGCUAGGAGCUAGCACCGUCACCAACCUGCUGCCCGUCCAUCAAGAACAGCCAGAGAUGGUUCUGGACGGUUUUCUUCCCAAACCCGGAGCUGAUUUGUCCUUAACGAGCUCCUCUACCUCUGAUAAAACCUUUAUCUUUAUUAAUAAGCGUCCUGUCCAGCAGAAGGACAUCCUGAAGCUGUUGCGUCAGCACCACUCGGCUCAGUAUCCUGACGAUGCAGCUCGGCAUCGGUUCCCUGUCCUCCUGCUGAACAUCACAGUUUGUCCUUCAUCUCUGGAUGUAAAUGUGACGCCUGAUAAAACCCAGGUUCUGCUUCAUAACAAGGAGGCGGUUCUGGCUGCCAUUGAGGCUCUGCUGGUUUCUCUUUACGGUUUUCGUCCUGAAAAGCAGCCGGACCCUGAAACUCUUCCUCCUGCUGCUGGUUGUGUGGGGACAGAUGAGAAUACGGAGAGCAGGAAGGUGAGCGAUGAAGACGCCGGCCAAUCAGCUGCUCUGCAGCGCCAGGCCUCCAGCUGCAGCUCCUCUUCCUCCAUGGCGGAUGACUGGAUCGUCAACCAAUCCGGUUUCUCCCUCUGCGACGACGAGGCGACCCGGAGUCGACCCCAGAGCAUUGAGCCCGGCCCACAGGAGCCCCGGUGGCCGCAGGAGUCCGCCGAGGCCUGGAGCCGCGGCACGGCGCUGACCGACCCGGUGUCGGGAGAACCCCUGCGGCCCGUCGUCAUCCACCGGCCUGACCCGGAGGUCAAGAGGUCAGGCAACGCCAUAACGGAGAAACGGGCCGCUCUGACGGCGUAUGACAUGAUCAGCAGCCGCGCUCUGAGGGUGCCACCGUCCGCCGCCUCGCUGUUUGAGAAGGAGACCCGGUCCGAGGUUCUGAUGGAGCGACCGGCCGCCAGCCUGCAGGAGGUCAGCGCCGCCGUCCAGAACCGCUGGGAAAACCUGGGAGACGAAGGCAGGAAGAGGUUUGAGGAAAAGGCGAGGAAGAGUCAGGACCUCCAUGACCAGAGGACCAGGCUGGCGGCCGCCGGGGCCACGGCCGAUCGGCCCCUGAGGGCCACUAAGCUCCAGGCUCAGAAGCGUAAAGCUCCUCUGUCCAACCAGCAGCUGCUGGACGAGCUUUUCUCCGCCCAGCCCCAGAAGAAGCAGAAGGCUCCGCCCCCUAAGCCGUGGCGGCCGCUGCCCUGCAGCAUGGCGGCGCUGCGCCUGCGACUGCAGCGCCUGUCGGCCCAGAGCGGCGCGGCGGGGCCCCGGGGCCUCUGCCCGGUGGGCCGGCUGGCCUCUCAGAAUGCCUGGCUGAUUUUGUGCGGCGGGCGGCGUCUGAUGCUGCUCAACCCGUUCCGGGCGGAGGAAGCCUUGCUGUUCCAGCGGCUCCAGCAGGACCACAUCCUUCCUGCCGUCCGCCUGCAGAACCCGCUGCUGCUCACCGACAGGAACCUGGGCGCUGCGGAGUUUGAGACACUGUGCAGUUUGGAGAAAGGCGAGGCGGAGCCGGACGGCAGCGUCUUCUUCUCCGACCCCCGACUCGUCGCCAACGGCUUCAGAAUCAAACUCAGUCCAGCAGAGCGCCAUCUGGAAGCGACGGCCGUGGCGGACUGCGUGCCUUUCCUGGGCCUGGAGGACCUGAAGGAGGUUCUGACUGCCGUCCUCCAGAGGAAGGCCGCCACGGUGCCACAGAGCCGGCCGCUUAAAGUCACCAACUACCUGAAGGCCGAGGCGGUCCGGCUGGCCCGCCAGCUGCCUUCAGAUUUAUGUGGUGAAGAGGUGAAGGAGCUGCUGGAGCGGACGGAGCGGCGGCUGGGCGGGACGGACCGGACCUGCAUCCACGGGCGGCUCUUCCUCCAACACCUGGCCGACGUCCCGUCCACACAGCAGGAGGCCGGGCUGGACACACACACCUGACCAACACACACACACACCUGACCAACACACACACACACCUGACCAACACACA